AAAUUGUCAAUUUAGACUACAUCUAUAAAUAUGAUGGGCCAGUGGUCGCUCAGACCUUCUGGGGGGACUGUGAAACUGUGGAUGCCACUGAUAGACUUAUUUAGAAAAAUGUCAAGGACGGAGGUGGACAUGACUUUAAAAUUGUAACGACAUUAACAUUUUAAAUAUGUUCCAAAGACAUCGGCAGCUGUUCUAGCGUUAAACAAUUGCAGCCAUGGUUGCCAAUUGGUUGUCAACAGCCUUUUGGCUAUUGUAGUCUUUUGACUGUUAACAAACCGGAAUCUCUAAAGUUGUCAGAAGUGAGGCAUGCAGCAUGCAACUAACUGUGCCAGCGCCUGACCUAAAACCAACCCGUGAUCUUACCGCAUUUGACCACUUCCUGUUUUUUGCUGUUUAACAGGAAACCAGACUUCUAGGAAACCAGUUUAAGCAAAGAUUGUCUAUUAAAUUGACAAGACAGUCAAGUAACCGCUCUAAAUAUGGAAAUACAUGUCCUCAGAUGGAAGACAGGCAGGAGAAGGCGAGAUCAGGUGGGACUAUUCUAGCCAAUGAGAGGACAGAUACGUGUGUGAACAGCAGGCCAUGGAGAUAGACACUGUAUAUAGACAUAAGAGGACAUUUGAAAUAUAUUUAAUAUAUUUUUUACUUUUGUGAGUGUAAUGUUCAUUUUUGUUUGUAUUUCACUGUUGUUUAUCAAUUUCACUUGCUUUGGCAAUGUAAACAUGUUUCCCAUGCCUAUAAAGCCCCUUAAAUGGAAAAUUGAAUUGAUAGAGGGCUCAUCUUUUUGUAUCUGUGCCAUUAUAGUGUCUGACAAUAUGGGCAGCGUCAUUGAGGCUAUCUCCAUUUUUAAAGAAGUAAAUGUUGUUCUUCUUCAUUGGCUGAUUGCUCCCAAAUCAUAGGAAACCCCCACCCACUGUACUGCUUUAAAAUGGUGGAAGCCCUCAAUGGCAAUGUCCAUGCUAAAACAGAUUAUAUCCAUGACCAGUCCUCUCUCUAUGACAACUGGCACAAGAUAUAGUCUUUUUUUUUUUUUUUAAGUUGCCGAAAUGCCACUUGCCUCUACUUAUAUCAGUGUAUUCGUAACAACUCAACCAUUACAAAAUGUAUAUUCGAUAAAAUAAGCCUCACGUAGCAAAUUCGCAAUACAUUUUUCCGUUACCAAAUUUGACUGUUACCAAAUUCAACACUCUCAUUUGACUCCGUACAAAAACUCCUCACUUUGUGCGAUUAUUUUUGAGGAUAGAUUUUGGCCGGAGGGAAACCUCUCGCAUACCUCUUCCUCUCUGGUUUAAAGCUACCUAGUAACCAGACUGCCAUUUUCUGUGUCAAAUGCAAUGGGGUGGUUCCAAGACCAACAGUAAAUACACCAAACCUAGGAGCAAGAUGGAGAGGAAGAGAGAAUGUGGUUGUGGCCAUAGAUCUCCACUGGUCCAUCAGGAGAGACCCGGCUCACCUGUACCCAGCUGUGUAUCUAUGAAGAGUGAAAAUUCUAUAUAUCUGCCAAUCGACUUCAGUGGUGGAGACUUUACCCAUGAACCAAGAACAAUUGGUGACCAAGAGCAGAGGUCAGAGUCAGAGAUUCCGAGUGAUGAACUUCAUCUGGUGUACCAACUCAAAUCUACCCUGAAGAAGAGACAUGAAUGCAUAUUUGAGGGAAUAGCUAAACAAGGCCACUCAACACUUCUCAAUAAGAUCUACACAGAGCUCUACAUCACAGAGGGUGGAAGCGGAGAUGUCAAUAACGAACAUGAGGUGAGACAGAUUGAAACAGCUUCCAGGAAAUCAGCAGCACAAGGGACAAAAAUCAAAUGUAACGACAUCUUUAAACCCUCACCUGGACAAGACAAACCUAUCAAAACUGUGCUGACAAAGGGAGUUGCUGGCAUUGGAAAAACUGUCUCUGUGCAGAAGUUCAUUCUGGACUGGGCUGAAGGAAAAGCUAAUCAUGAUGUCCAAUUCAUAUUUCCACUUCCUUUUCGGGAGCUGAAUUUGAUGAAAAAUAAAAAAAUCUGUUUGAAUGAACUUAUAGAUCACUAUUUCAUUGAGAUUAGAGAAUCUGGAAUCUCCAACUUUGACAGCUACAAAGUUAUGUUUGUUCUUGAUGGUCUGGAUGAGUUUCGACUUCCUCUAGACUUCAAGAACAACAAGAGCUGCUGUGAUGUCACAGAGUCAACCUCCGUGGAUGUGCUGCUAACAAACCUCAUCAAGGGGAAUCUGCUCCCCUCUGCUCUUGUCUGGAUAACAUCCCGACCAGCAGCAGCCAAUCAGAUUCCUCCAGAGUGUGUUGAUCAGGUGACAGAGGUACAAGGAUUCAACGACCCACAGAAGGAGGAGUACUUCAAGAAUAGAAUCAGUGAUGAGAACCUGGCCUGCAGAAUCAUCACACACAUUAAGUCAUCAAGGAGCCUCCACAUCAUGUGCCACAUACCAGUCUUCAGUUGGAUUACGGCCACUGUUCUAGAGAGACUGUUGUGUCAGGCAGAGAGUGGAGAGAUGCCCAGGAAUCAGACUCAAAUGUACACACACUUCCUGGUAUUUCAGACCAAACAAGGGAUUCAGAAGUAUCUCGAAGACCAUGACCGAGAUCCACACUGGGAUAAAACGAUAAUUCUCUCUCUGGGAAAACUGGCCCUCAAACAACUGGAAAAAGGCAAUCUGAUCUUCUAUGAGGAAGACCUAAGGGAGUGUGGCAUUGAUGUCAGAGAAGCAUCAGUGUACUCAGGAGUGUGCACACAGAUCUUCAGAGAGGAGUGUGGGCUGUACCAGGAGAAUGUGUACUGCUUUGUGCAUCUGAGCAUCCAGGAGUUUCUUGCUGCUUUAUAUGUGUUUCUCACAUUCAACCAAAGCAGAGAGAAUCCACUGGUCAAAAAGAGAUCUUCAUUCAGGGACCAGGAAUCAUCAAUCGGACACAAAUCUACGAUCGACUUCUACAACAGUGCAGUAGAUAAAGCUUUACAGAGCGAGAAUGGACACCUGGAUCUGUUCCUCCGCUUUCUUCUGGGCCUUUCACUUGAGUCCAAUCAGACUCUCCUACGAGGCCUACUGUCACAAACAGAGAGCAGCUCACUGACAAAUGUGGAAACAGUCAAAUACAUCAACGAGAAGAUAAGAGAGAAUCCCUCACCAGAGAAAUGCAUCAAUCUGUUCCAUUGUCUGAAUGAGCUGAAUGACCACUAUCUAGUGUGGGAGAUGCAAAGCUACUUGAACUCAGGAAGUCUCUCAGAAGCCAAAUUGUCACUUACAGAGUGGUCAGCUCUGGCCUUUGUGUUGCUGACUUCAGAAGAGGAGCUUGAUGUUCUUGACCUAAAUAGAUUCUCCAGUACAGAGGAAUGUCUUCUAAGGCUGCUGCCAGUGGUCAAAGCCUCCAGAACAGCUCUGUUGAAUAGAUGUAAACUCACAGAGAGAUGCUGUAAAGAGUUGGCAUCAGCUCUCAGCUCAAACUCCUCACAACUGAGACAACUGGACCUGAGUGACAAUGACCUGCAAGAUUCGGGAGUGGGGCUGCUGUGUGCCGGACUCGGCAAUCCACAGUGUAAACUGGAAACACUGAGGUUGAAUAGCUGUAAACUCACAGAGAGAUGUUGUGAACAGUUGGCCUCAGUUCUCAUCUCAAACUCAAACCUGAGAGAACUGGAUCUGAGUGACAAUGACCUGCAGGAUUCAGGAGUGAAGCUGCUCUCUGCCGGACUGGGCAGUCCAACCUGUAAACUACAGACACUGAGGUUGAAUAGAUGUAAACUCACAGAAAGCUGUUGUGAACAGUUGGCCUCAGUUCUCAUCUCAAACUCAAACCUGAGAGAGCUGGAUCUGAGUGACAAUGACCUGCAGGAUUCAGGAGUGGAGCUGCUGUCUGCUGGACUGGGGAGUCUGCAAUGUAAACUGGAGACACUGAGGCUGGACCGAUGUAACAUCACAAAGAAAAACUUGGAAGAAUGUUCCUCAACUCUCAGCUCAAACUCAUCCCACCUGAGAGAACUGGACCUGAGUUACAGUCAGCCAGGAGACCCAGGAGAUCUAGGAGACCCAGGAGAUCUAGGAGACCCAGGAGUAGAGUUGCUCACUGCUGUCCUGGAGGAUCCUCAAUAUCAUCUCAAAACAGUCAGUGGCCACGGUGAAGAGUUUUUGCUGUUUCAGAGAUCCUCAGUAGUUGCAUGUGAGCUAACACUGGACCCGAACACAACAUACAGACAUCUCUCUCUGUCUGAGGACAACAGAAAGGUGACAUGGGAGAUAGAAGAGCAGCUGUAUCCUGAUCACCCAGACAGAUUUAUGGACUGGACACAGGUGCUUUGUAGAGAAGGUCUGACUGGGCGCUGCUACUGGGAGGCGGAGUGGAGCGGGGAUGUGGUUGAUAUAGCAGUAACGUAUAAAGAAAUCAGCAGGAAAGGAGUGGGGAAAGACUGUGGGUUUGGAUUUAAUGACAAGUCCUGGAGAAUGUUGUGCUCUGAUCAGAAGUACACUGCCUUGUACAAUAAUAAGUGUACUUUCAUACCGGUCCCUUGCUCCAACAGAGUAGGAGUGUAUCUGGACUGGCCGGCUGGCACUCUGUCCUUCUACAGCAUCUCCUCGGACACAGCAACUCUACUGCACACGUUCCAAGCCAAAUUCACUAAGCCUCUUUACCCAGGGUUUAGGCUUUGGGUUGGUUCUUCAGUGACCCUGUGCCAUGUAGACACCAAAGCCAUCAAAGAAACACAGUCAUAAGUUUGUCGUGAUAAAUGUGACGGCCACACAUUUGAUGUGUUCAGUGAAACAUAAUACCAAUUAGUGGAAAAAAUAUCAGAAUUUGGCUGCCUAACUAAACGCAGCCAUUAAAAAUCAGUUUACUCAUGCAGUUUAAAAUUCACUUUGCAUAACACACCAAGCUUUAAAAGACGCAUGGUUUUAAAAUAUCCCCAAAAUAUUUAUUAAAAGAGAGAACUUACCCAAGCCUCCCCAUUUCUCCUUCACCCAAAUCCAGAUAGCUGAUGUUCUGAAAGAGUUGCAAAAUUUGGACCCCUACAAAUCAGCUGGGCUAAACAAUCUGGACCCUCUCUUACUAAGAUUAUCUUCUGCAA